AUGUUUGUGGGUAGUCCCGGCAGUAGCGGCAGCGGCCACUCCAUCCGCCUGGGGACCAACGAGGAUACGUCGCAGCACAUGCCUGUGCUCUUCCCCACCUAUGCCCAGCAGCAGCAGCAGGUGCAGCAGCAGCCGCAAGAGCGUGUACCUGACGCGCGACGGGCUGCGCCGCAACCGGCGGCGCCAAUGCGGCCGGCGGCGCAGGUGAAGAUGCGGCUGGGCACCAACGAGGACUUCUCGCAGUACAUGCCGCCCAUCCACCGCGCCUCCGCCGGUCCCGCUGCGCCUCAAGCCAGCCCUUUCGGCGCGGCGGACGUGGCGUCCAUGCUGGGCGCGCGCGUCGACGCCAUGACGAUUUCGCCGGGGGGGGCGCCCAGGCGGACCAGCUUCGAGGCCAGUCCCAAGGCAAGCCGCGACCCGUUGGCGGCGGUGGAGCGCUCGCAGUCGCACGACAGUCGUGGCCUCGCGGCCGGCCUGCGCGGCAGCACGCCAAUGGCGGGUGGCAGCCCGCGGAAGGACGGGUUGGCGCCUGGGAUGGCGGGGUCCCCAUCGUACGGCGCGCGACCCUUCCCCGAUAGAGGCGUCGGGGUGCGUUCGCCGAGCCUCCACCGUCCCCGUACCCUAUCCCCCCUACUCGCUUCUUACCCUGCCUUCUCCCCUCCCCUUGUCGCCUCUUUUUCUCUCUUCAGUACGCUCUGCUCUCUUCGUCCCUCCCUUGCGCGCUCUGCGCACUGCCGUUCCGCGCGCAGUGCUGCGCUCUGCCGUGUUAGUCCGCGCGCAGUUCUGCGCUCUGCCGUGUUAGUCCGCGCGCAGUUCUGCGCUCUGCGCGCCGACCUUAACCGCGCGCUCUCCCACGUCGUGCUGCAACGCCUCCCCCAAUGCCGCCCCAUCUCCACCCGCUCCCCCCCCCACCCCUCCUCCCGCCUCCAGUUUCCAUCCGCCGCAGGCUCUCAGGGCAUGCGCGCCGCGCCGUACGCGGCGCGUUCCGCUCAGACCAGCAGCCCGCCAUCCGCGCACGUGGCCGCGGCGAGGGGGUCGGGCGGGGGAAUGGGGACGGGCGGGGGAAUGGCGUCGGGCGGGGGGACGGGGUGGGGCGCGGGGAGGCAGCAGCAGGCGCCGAUGCCGCUACCGGGGCGGCAGGCGUCGGGGGGGGCGGGGGGCGCGUCGUGGGACAACAUGGGCAUGAGCGGGGGGUCGAACGCGGGCCUCAGCUCCUCGUGGAGCGACUUCGACACGCGCUCCAUCGGCAGCGCGGGGGGCAGCAGCGCGCGCCUCACGGAGGGCGGGGGGGGCGCGGAGUGCCGGCAGUUCACGUUGGCGCAGCUGGCGGCCGCCACCGACAACUUCAGCGACGCCAACCUGCUGGGCCGCGGCGCCUUCGGCAUGGUCAGCCCGCACUGCCCCUCAACGCCGCCUCCCCCCCCGCAUUGCCGCCUCCCCCCCUGCAUUGCCGCCUCCCCCCCCGCACUGCCCCUCAACGCCGCCCCCCCCCCCGCAUUGCCGCCUCCCCCCCCGCAUUGCCGCCUCCCCCCCCGCAUUGCCGCCUCCCCCCCCGCAUUGCCCCUCAACGCCGCCCCCCCCCCCCGCAAUGCCACCUCCCCCCCCCGCAUUGCCGCCUCCCCCCCCGCAUUGCCGCCUUCCCCCCCGCAUUGCCCCUCAACGCCGCCUCCCCCCCCGCAUUGCCGCCUCCCCCCCCGCAUUGCCCCUCAACGCCGCCCCCCCUCCCGCAAUGCCACCUCCCCCCCCCGCAUUGCCGCCUCCACCCCCCCCGCAUUGCCGCCUUCCCCCCCGCAUUGCCCCUCAACGCCGCCUCCCCUCCCCCAGCAACCUUUUCUCCUAUCAUCCCGUUUCGUCCCUACCCCUUCUUCCCCCUUCCUCCUCUCCUUCCCCCGGCCCUGCCCGCCCUUCCCCGCCGGCGUCUCUUGGCUCCCCCUCCCCCUGCCAAGCUUGGCUCCCCCUCCCCAUGCCAAGCUUGGCUCCACCUCCCCAUGCCAAGCUUGGCUCCCCCUCCCCCUGCCAAGCUUGGCUCCCCCUCCCCAUGCCAAGCUUGGCUCCCCCCUCCCCAUGCCAAGCUUGGCUCCCCCUCCCCCUGCCAAGCUUGGCUCCCCCUCCCCAUGCCAAGCUUGGCUCCCCCUCCCCCUGCCAAGCUUGGCUCCCCCUCCCCCUGCCAAGCUUGGCUCCCCCUCCCCAUGCCAAGCUUGGCUCCCCCUCCCCCUGCCAAGCUUGGCUCCCCCUCCCCCUGCCAAGCUUGGCUCCCCCUCCCUCUGCCAAGCUUGGCUCCCCCUCCCCCUGCCAAGCUUGGCUCCCCCUCCCCCUGCCAAGCUUGGCUCCCCCUCCCUCUGCCAAGCUUGGCUCCCCCUCCCCCUGCCAAGCUUGGCUCCCCCUCCCCCUGCCAAGCUUGGCUCCCCCUCCCUCUGCCAAGCUUGGCUCCCUCGCCAAGGGACAGGGGUGGUGCACAAGGGGCGGCUGCUGGGGUGCCAGGUGGCGGUGAAACGGCUGGAGGGCGGGGGGUGGCAGGGGCCCAGCGAGUACCGCAUGGAGGUGGAGGUGCUCUCCCGCAUGCGCCACCCGCACAUCGUGCUGCUCAUGGGCCACUGCCCCGACGCCAUGUGCCUCGUCUACGAGUACCUCCCAGGUGGCUCGCUGCAGGACCACCUAAACCCCGCCGCCCGGGGUGGUGGGCGGCGGCCUUUGUCUGUGGGGGAGCGGGUGCGGGUGGCGUCGGAGGUGGCGUCGGCGCUGCUGUUCCUGCACCACCACGACCCGCCCAUCGCCCACCGCGACCUCAAGCCCGACAACGUGCUGCUGGACGGCAACCGCGGCUCCAAGCUCGCCGACGUGGGCCUGGCGCGCCUCAUCGCGGAGGACGACAACGUGACGGCGCGCGUGCGAGGCACAGCGGGGUACAUCGACCCCGAGGAGGUGGUGACGUGUGAGAUCAGUGUGCUGUCGGACAUCUACGCGCUGGGGCUCAUCAUGCUGCAGCUGCUCACGGGCGAGCCGCACGUCAAGGGCGUGCAGCGCCUGCUCGUCGACCUCGUGGGCAGCGGCGCCUACAACUCGGGCCCGGCAGGGCUGGCGCGCGCCGUGGACAUUGUGCUGGCGCGCCUCGACACGUCAGCGGGCGAGUGGGAGCGCGAGGUGGCGGUGGAGUUUGCGGGGCUGGCGCUGCGCUGUGCGGACCGGCAGCGCGCGCGGCGGCCAGACCUGGACCGAGAGUUGCAGCCGGCGCUGGUGGCCAUGGCGGAGCGCUGCAAGGAGGCAGCGGAUCGCCGCCGCGGCCACAUGGACUCGCAGCUGCUCUGCCCUCUCAGUCAGGAGCGCAUGAGUGACCCGGUGGUGGCGGCAGACGGCUUCACAUACGAGCGCAGCAGCAUAGAGGAGUGGCUCAAGACACACGACACGUCGCCCGUCAACGGCCAGCCGCUGCCUCACAAGUUCCUCACGCCCAACAACACUCUGCGCAUGCUGCUCAACUCCCAGGGCUAG